AUGGCCACCGACUACAGCUCAUUGAAGGUUCCUGAGCUCAAGAAGCUACUCCAGGAGAGAGGCCUUCCCGCCACGGGUAAUAAGCUCGACCUUGUUAAUCGCUUGAAGGAGAACGAUAAGCAAUCUGCUCCUGCAGCCGCAGAGGAAGACGAGAUCGACUAUAGCGACGACGAGCCCGCGCCUGCCAAGGCACCCGACGCACCUAAGCCCGUCGCGGAGCCCGUCCCAGCAGUUGCAGAUCCUGCGCCGGCUUCUGCUGCUACUGACGCUGCCGAGCCUGCUGCGCCAGCAACCGCCGACGCUGCUCCCGAAGCUGCGCCCGCCGCCGAGACAGCCACUGAGGAGGAGAAGCCUGAGGAGGAGGCGCCGAAGGAGAACUUCGCCCUUAACCUUGACGCGACUGACGCUUCAGAAGAAGCUCGCAAGCGCGCUGAACGCGCCAAGCGAUUCGGUAUUGUUGAGGGCGAGGAGGAAAAGAAGAAGUCUGAUCGCGCGAAGCGUUUCGGCGCCGAUGCCGCCGCCAACACCUCGGCACUGGACUCGGCGCUUCCUGAAAGACGCCCCAAGCGCGGUCGCCCUGAGCGAAACGACGAACAGCCUGGCCGAGAUACCAAGCGCCAGAGCACCGACGGCCGUGGACGCCGUGGUAGAGGCAACAACAGACACGGACGUCAGGGUGGUGGCCGUCAAGGUGGUGGUGGUGGCGGCAACAGUGAGAAGCGCAGUGGACCGAUCGAUCCCGCCGAGAAGGCGAAGCUGGAGGCCAGAGCGAAGCGAUUUGCUGCUUGA